CAGUGGAGAGAGGAGGAGCUGCAUCCAGCGCAGGUAUUACGUCUCGAUGUGUCAGAGGGAGUCAGGGCGAGUCUUGGUCUUGACUGCAGACAUCGUCGAGUAUGCAACCAGGAUGCGCAUCAAUAUGAAAAGAAACCUUCGCAUUUCUCUAAACGGUUUAUCAUUGACAAACGUGUGACCGCUCAGAUCAACUCACAAGGGAAACCAACGCACAUACAUCUCAAGGAAGUGACGUGACAGACGAGUUUUGAUUUUGAGUCUGUUCGACAUCGUUCUGCUCUUCAGCCCUUUUACUCUAGAAUCCAUCCUCAGCCCCGACGUGAAGCCACCAUGUCCGGGAAGGAGCGCAGCCCCCGCCAUCGGCCAUGGUCGGUCUACCGGGCCAACACGUUUGAUCUCUCAGCUGAGAUGAUGGGGCUGGCUCUCUCGGGCAACAGUCAGGACCCAGACGAGCCUGUGCUGGAGUUCAGCGUGGCCUGCAGUGAGCUGGUUACUCCCUCUCUGGACCGUAAGCCAACCAGCUUCGUUGCCGUCAGCUGCACCACACCGCCACAGGCCUUCUGGACCAAGCACGCUCAAACUGAAAUCAUAGAGGGCACCAGUAACCCUAUCUUCCUGAGCAGUGUAGCAUUCUUUCAGGACGCUUUGAUCACUCAGCAGACUCAGGUCAAGCUUUCUGUCUACGAUGUAAAGGACCGCUCACAGGGCACGAUGUACAUGCUUGGUUCGUCCAUGUUUUCUGUGAAAGAGCUGCUGCAGGACAAACACCAUAGACUGCACCUGACUCUCAGGUCAGCGGAGAACGAGCGCGUGGGGAACAUUACCGUCAUCGCCUGGCAGAUAGAGGAGAAGCGCGAGCAGAGAGCUCCUGUUGCAAGAUUACAGAGAGGAGACACUGUUAAUGGAAGGAUGGUUCUCGCUGUUGAUGAAAGUCUGACUGAAUCCAUGGGCAUUAAAUCCAGGUCUUCAUCUCUGUGUAAAGACCCACUGCUAAAGGCUGUGUUUGGGGGCGUCAUGUCUCGAACAUACCGGUUCCCCACCACGGACGGCAACCACCUCCGGAUCCUGGAGCAGAUGGCGGAGAGUGCACUCUCCCUGCAUAUUCCUCGACAGUUUGUCAAACUGCUGCUGGAGGAAGAUGCCGUCAGGGUGUGUGAGCUGGAAGAACUGGGUGAGCUGUCUCCGUGUUGGGAGAACCUCAGGAGGCAGAUCAUCACUCAGUAUCAGACCAUCAUCCUCACCUACCAGGAGACCAUAAGUGACCUGCACGAAUACAAAGGUCCUUCAUUUAAGUCUAGUACCUUGAAAGCUGAGAGGAAGUUGGAGUUUAUUCCUACUAACCUGCACAUCCAGAGGAUGAGGGUACAGGGAGAAUCUGGCUACGACCGGACAUAUGAUGUUGUGACUAUUGGUGCUCCGGCAGCACAUCAUCAAGGCUUUAAAGGCUGCGGCCUCCGAAAACUACUGCACAAGCUUGAAGAAGCCAGGAAACACACUUAUGAGGAGGAAAGCUCUGCUGGCACUGGCUCUAAAGGAAUGGCAUACCAGCCUCAGGAUGUUGUGAAAGCGAAGGAGCUGAUUGGUCAAAUUAACACUCUGAAGACACAAGUGUGUUACUACACUGAACGUCUCUCUCGAGCCGCCAAGGAGCGCUCAGCCAACGCUCUGGAGAGAACCCUGGCCAUCCUAACAGAAAAGACUCGUCAGUUGGUGACUGUGUGCGACUCCAAGCUGCUGUCCUCAGCCAUCCUCGCCCUGGCAGCCGCCCGCCCAGAGUUCACUCAGCAAGGCACCCCGUCCCCGUCCUCCUCCUCCCUCUCACCCUCCUCUUGUUCCCCAUCACGCUCCCCCUCCCGUCACCCUACCUCCCCUUCUCGUGCUGCCACCUCGCCUUCUCGCCAUGCAGCUCCUCCGGAGGGCAGCGAAGGGAGUAAAAACAAGUGCGCCUCCUUGCAGGCAGAUUUGCACGAGGACGAGUGGGGAAAGGUUUGGCUAAAUGUUAAUAAGAGCCUGGAGUGUGUGAUCCAGAGGGUGGACAGGCUGCUGCAGCGAGACAAACUUCAGAGCGACAGUAGCUCUGAGGAUGUCUUCCUGCUCGCCACAGAGGAACCGGGUAAUACUAAGAAAGGUAUCCAUAGUAACCAAGAAGCUUUCUGGAUACAUCCUGAAUAUAAAGACAAGGAUUCACCAUCAUCAUCAUCACUGCAGCCAUCACGUCAUCCUCUGUUAUCAUCACCAUCCUCGCAUCCACCACAAAUUUAUCAACCAUCAUCAUCAUCAUCAUCGUUCUCUCACCAGACUCCUGCAUGCCUUUCACUUCCUGUUGAUCACAUCUAUACCAGCCCAGAGGUAGAAAAGACGUCUCCAGGUGAGUGGAGCGACGCUCUGUACCCUCUCCUCACCACGCUGACGGAUUGUGUGUCUCUGAUGAGUGACAAAGCCAAGAAGGCCAUGGUGUUUCUGCUGAUGCAGGACAGUGCCCCCACCAUCGCCAUGAGCCUCACCCUGCAGUACCGCCGUGACGUUGUCUUCUGCCAGACGCUGACGGCGCUGAUCUGCGGCUUCAUUAUCAAGCUGAGGAACUGUCUCUGUGACUCAGGCUUCCUCAGGCAGCUACACACCAUUGGCUUACUGGUGCAGUACGAGGGCCUGCUCAGCACUUAUGGUGAGGAACUGGCCAUGCUGGAGGAUAUGAGUGUCGGAGUGAUGGACCUGAGAAAUGUUACCUUUAAAGUUACCCAAGCAACUUCGGGUUUCGCCCCGGACAUGCUGCCAGUGAUCACAGGAAACAGGAACGGCUUUAACGUCAGGGUUCCAAUGCCCGGGGUGAUGUUUGACACGCUGCCACGAGAGAUCCAGAAUGGGAUGCUGCUGCGCGUGCAGCCCGUCCUGUUCAAUGUGGGGAUCAACGAACAGCAGACACUGGCUGAGAAGUUUGGAGACACAUCACUACAGGAGGUGAUCAACAUGGAGAGCAUGACUCGCCUCAGCUCAUACUACGACCAGUUUAAAGAAGUCCUGCCAGAAGACUGCCUGCCUCGCUCCCGUAGUACCACCAGUCUGCCCGAGCUGCUUAAACUGCUCAGCCAGAAUGUGAACGCCAAGAAAAACAAGAACGUGGAGAUUUUGUGGCAAGCAGCCGAGGCGUGUCGCCGCCUGAACGGAGUGCGUUUCACCUGCUGUAAGAGCGCCAAGGACCGCACAGCCAUGUCUCUGACCCUGGAGCAGUGUCAGAUCCUGCAACAGGAGCACGCCCUCGCCCCACAGGUCUUCUACCAGGCCUUGGACUGUAUGCGCAGUGAAGGCUGCAGGAGAGAGAACACCAUGAAGAAUGUGGGAUGUCGCAAAUACGCCUUUAACUCUCUCCAGCUCAAGGCCUUCCCCAAACAAUAUCGUCCUCCAGAGGGGACGUAUGGGAAAGUUGAGACCUAAGUGGACUCCUCUAACUCGAUUAAACAAAAAGACUGAAGGGGAUAAUGAUGAUAGCACCACACAAACAAAAAUAUCAACACAAACUGGAACAACAGCCGUUUGUUUUGUGCUUAGCCACUGUUAAGAUGAGUAAUGUCCAAGUGCCAGUGCUACUGUAGAUUGUUUUAAAGCAGUUUCCUCGCUCCUCCAGUAGUACUAGAAUCACACACUUUUCACGGCCACUUCACAGCCAGAAACAGUAAAGGUUUGGCUUUCUGUGUUACAUUGUAGCCAGUGUGCAGCCAACACUGAUGGCUGUUGUACCAGUUGUAGCAUCAGUGAGUCAUUUUAACUUGUGUCCAUAGAAAUAAGAUGUCCAAAUGUCUCAGCCUUUAUAAAGAUGAUGUGGGACACAUA